AGGCUGGCAAUUUACUUGUCCCACCCUCUCACAAAACCUCACUUGAGCCGGCUUCCUGUUGAUUCGUGCUCUUGCCCUAGAAAUCAAAUGAGGUUGUUUCUGAGGCUUUGGCACUUGCUUUUCUAGUGUUGACUUCAACAAACGGCGCAUGGGAUCUAGUAAAAAAUUGAUUUUGAAUGAAGGCCGAAUGCUUCCUGUCGAAUCGUCUUCAUUGGUAUCGAAGUUCAAAAAUGAAUCUGCGUGAGCGUCUCAUGGCUUGGUUGCUAGUGGUGGUCUUUUUUCAUCGACGCAGCUCAAGCGCAACGAGAUCCUAUUGCAUGCCCAGAAGCACAGCUCUAUCGACCGAUCGUGCUCCUGAUCUUGUCAGACCUUUUAUGGACAAUGAAGAUCCAUAUGAGCAAGCACUUGAGUAAAUGAUCCAAACGGCAAGCACCUCUUGAAGCUAUGCGAACAAUUCUGAUGACUUUCGUGGGGUCUCAUCGUUGAUUUCUCGUUUUGUAAAUAUAACAACAGUAGUCAACUUGUUCAAAAAUUCGAAUCAACAUGGUAAAUCGUAAGACAAUAGGAGGGAACACUACAGGGGAGAGCGUCUAAGCCUUUAGCGUUUAGCAUAAUUUUUUAAAAGGAUAAGCUGCCCCCCUCCGCAAUCCAUGCCCACCGCACAGCCGGCGCGCAGGGUACAGCAGUCUGCCGCUCUGUGCAGAUGUGUUUCUGUUUGCUUCCAUGUGUUUAGCAGAGAUGGCGUCAGCAGGCGCGCGCACCGUUCUCGCCGGCGCGUGCCUGCAUUCAGUGGGCCUUGCAGGGGAGGCCUGGCCCACUGCUGCCCCUGCCCUCCUACUGGUUUUGGUGCGCCGUCCUUCAGUCUUUGUGGUGUUUGUGUUGUUGCCGCUUCGUGUGUGGUCGCGUGGCUUGAGCUCCCGACGCUCCUUCCCGGUUUUGUUCUUGUUGGCCUCUGUCUGUUCGGUUUCCCGGUUUUUUCUGUUAUCUUUGGUUUUUGUUUUUUGCUUUUUUGGUCUUUAGUUUUUUGGUUUUUCUGUUAUUUUCUUUUGUCUUCGUUUCUUGUUGUUUUGUUUUUAGAGAUCUUGUAGCAUUGUUUGCUGUGUGUGGUUGGUCUUGCGAGUGGGAUUGUGUGUUCGUGCCUGCCGGUGUUUGUUGUUUCGUUCUCCCUGUUUAUCCUCCUUGUUUGUUAGGGUUUUCUUAUAUUUGUUCAUCGUUUUGGACGGUUUGGAACGGUUUUUUGGGUCUCUGUGUUUUGUUUUUCUGUUAUUUGGUGUCUUUUUUGUUUCUUUCUUGUUGGUUCUGUCGCCUUUUCGGUCUCUUGUCUUUGUUCUUUGGUCUCUUUCGUGUGUGUGUGUGUGUGUGCCUGUGAGGUUCUUCACAGGGCAGCAGAAAAAUGGUCGGGCUGUGUGUGUUUUUCUGUUAUUUUGCUAUCCUGGUGCGAUUUGUUGUUGUUUUGUUCUGGUUUUUCUGUUAUUUUCUUUUCGCGUUUUGUUUUUCUGUGUUUUGGUUUUUAUUGGUUUGUCUGUUGGUUUGUGGUUUCUCUUUGUGUGUUUCUGUGUCCAUCUUCAGAUGGUCCCGGAUCUCGUUUCUUUUUUUGUUUGAGCAGAUUUCUUCAUUUUUUGUCCCUGGUUUUCUGUUAUUUUCGUGUCUUCUUUGUGAUGGUUUUCCCGUUCUAGGUUGUUGGGUUUUUUCUGUUAUGUUCUUAUCAAGAGGAACACCGGGAAGGCCGUUGGAGUCUUUCGGAGUUCUUUUAUCUUGUGACGUUUGCAGUGCAAGGAAACAGCCCGCAAGAUGAACACAGGCGGGGAGGGUUUUCUCGUUGUGAUUCGUGUCCCUGCCGAUUGGGUUUGUGUGUUUGCAGCCGUGGAGCAUGCUGACGUGGUGAGCUGUUCGUCGUUCUGUGGGAUUGUAGUAUGCCCUGCCUCGAAAUCUGUGGUGUCAUUUGCCGCGGUAGAACUGUCCGCUCGUUGCGCUCAUCCUUGGCAGGCCGGAAUCGUGUUUGCUUUGUCAAAAUUGAUUGAAGUGCCACUUCUUGACGCUUUUCGUGAUCGUUGGUGUGUAGUUGUUCCUUGGUUUCUGUUCAGUGUGGCAACUGUUUGCCACGGACGGCAAAAGUGAGCGGGUGGGCCAAGGUUGUUGCUGUUGUUGUUUCGUUGCUUGGGCGCGGGUGUUGUUGUGGUUUGAGAAUGUUUGUGGUAUUUGUUGUUUUAUCUGCAGGCCUUGUUGGUGGGUUUCGUAGUGUCUUUUGCCGGUGUUGGGACCCCUGAUUUGGUUGAAAAUUCUCGCUCGCCGGCUUAUUUCAUGUGGGCAUUACUUGGGGGCUUUAUGUCUUCUGCUACCUAAGCUAGCACUUUUAUUGUUGUGCCUCUCAUACAGUCACGAAUUAUGGACCGACGUUGCUACUUCUAUGGCGGUCUUUGUGUUUCUCAUUUUGGUGCAGCUGACCGAUCCGGGAGACCCGCGUCUGAUAUCUGUCGUCAUGACGGGUGGUCUUGCAUCUCAUCACGCUGGCGACAGUGCCUUAUCUUGGUGGCACUAGACAGCUCGCAGCCUCAUGCACUCCUUACCACUUACUACGCCAUCACUCCAGGUUCUCUCGUCUAA